AUGACUCAGAAAGAAUUAAAUUUGAGUAAGAGAGUAUUGGUGGAGUUCUUAAAGGAUUACGAUGUAGUAAUUGAUUUCCAUCUUGGAAAAGCUAACGUAGUAGCAGCUGCUUUAAAUAGAAAAACGCUUGCAGCCUUACGAGCUUUAGACGCCAUGUUAUCUUUAAAUGGAGAUGGUGGUCUAUGCACAGAAUUAAAGCUUAAACCAACAUGGUUGGAUCGAAUUAGAGAAUUGCAAAAUAAAGAUGAAAUGUGUUUGAAAAGAUUGGAACAAGUAAAUAAUGAAGAGAAUAAGAAUUUCGAGAUUAAGUGUGAUGAGAAUUUGUACUAUAUAGAAAGAGUGAUGAUUCCAGAUGAUGAGGAAUUGAAGAAGGAUCUAUUGACACAGGCCCACUCCAGUCCAUUGACGAUGCACUCGGUGGAAACAAGAUGCAUAUGGAUAUGA